AUGGACAGGCUGGCACCGAUGCGGUUAUAUACGCUGUCCAAACGACAUUUUGUUCUGGUCUUCGUAGUAUUCUUUGUUUGUUUUGGUCUGACGGUCUUCAUAGGAAUAGCAGGUCCUAAUGUAAUUGAAACUUCUGUAGCAAGAGCCGACUUAAAUAACAGCCUAAAGCUGAAGCCAUUCAAUUUAAGUUCGCCACCACUGUCUACUUACAAUCAGCAGCUGUGGCUGACCUGCAUAGUUGAGUUGGAUCAGCAUGAUGUAUCCCUCAAAAAGAAUGUUACUAUGACGGUCAAAGUACUUGGGGUGGUGAAGGAUGGAAGCACACCAUAUGUUAAUAAUCAAGUUCACAAUCGGACAAGAUUACUCAGUUGUUCACAAAAAUGCAGCGAAAUCAUUGUUGCUCACCUUGGCUACCUGAACUACACUCAGUACAACAUCUUUGUUAGCUUUCAAGAUCUAAAUAAGUUAACAUACACCAUCCAGAAUAUUACUUUCACAUGGAAGACCUACAAUCCAACUUUUUCACAAGUGGAAAUAUGGUUCCGAUUUGUCUUUGUAGUUCUUACUUUUAUGGUCACGUGUCUGUUUGCACAUUCCCUGAGGAAAUUCUCCAUGAGAGACUGGGGUAUUGAACAGAAAUGGAUGUCCAUCCUUCUUCCCCUCCUGCUACUUUACAAUGAUCCAUUUUUCCCCCUUUCUUUUCUGGUGAACAGCUGGUUUCCUGGAAUGCUGGAUGAUCUGUUCCAGUCACUGUUUCUGUGUGCGUUGUUGUUGUUCUGGCUUUGCGUCUACCACGGUAUAAGAGUACAGGGGGAAAGGAAGUGCUUAACUUUCUAUCUGCCCAAAUUCUUUAUUGUUGGGCUGUUGUGGCUGGCCUCUGUUACACUGGGAAUAUGGCAAACUGUUAACGCAGUGCAUGAUCCUACAUAUCAAUACAGGGUUGAUACAGGUAAUUUCCAGGGAAUGAAAAUCUUCUUCCUUGUGGUGGCAACCACAUACAUUCUCUACCUUUUGUUCCUGAUAGUGAGGGCAUGCUCAGAACUUCGUAACAUGCCUUAUGUUGAUCUCAGGUUAAAAUUCUUGACUGCAUUAACCUUUGUAGUGCUUGUCAUUAGCAUUGUUAUACUUUACCUACGCUUUGGAGCACAAGUUCUACAGGACAACUUUGUUGCUGAGCUGUCGACUCAUUAUCAGAAUUCAGCCGAAUUCUUAUCAUUUUAUGGUUUAUUGAACUUCUAUCUCUACACGUUAGCCUUUGUGUAUUCACCCUCCAAGAAUGCAUUAUAUGAAUCACAGUUGAAAGACAAUCCUGCUUUUUCUAUGCUGAAUGAUUCAGAUGAUGAUGUGAUAUAUGGGAGCGACUAUGAAGAAAUGCCACUUCAGAACGGCCAAGCUAUUAGAGCCAAGUAUAAAGAGGAAUCGGACAGUGAUUGA